AUUGCAGGGCGUGAUUUGGUGCCACUUUACAAUGGGUUGUAGGAACUCAUCUAUCGAGAAGAAGUUGUCAUUGGAGACUGAUAACAGAAACUUAGCACAAACAAAUACGCGUCCCAUAAAAGAAAGACCUCCUUUUAACGAAAAUCAAAAACAACUAAUUCGAAAGUCGUGGAAAAUUAUUCAAGCUGAUAUAGCAAAAGUCGGUGUGAUAACAUUUCUCAGGUUAUUCGAAAAAUACCCAGAUGUUCAAGAUAUAUUUAUUCCAUUCAAAGGUCAAAGCCUUGAAGAUCUUAGUAAUAAUGACCGAAUGCGUGAACAUGGUUUACAAGUAAUGCGGACAGUUGAGAAGGCCAUUGCUAGAUUGGAUCAACCCGCGAAACUUGAAUCCAUGCUGUUUGAACUGGGUCAAAAACAUGUCAUGUUUGACACUAAAGUAGACUACAUGGACUUAAUUGGACCGCAGUUUAUUCUUGCAGUCAAGCCAACCAUGAAAGAUAAAUGGACAAUAGAAACUGAAGAAGCCUGGUCGGACUUUUUCAAGUAUAUAACUUCUAUAAUGAAAGAAGCAAUGAUAUUUUGAAAAUUAAUGAAGCGGAUCUUUUUGAAUAUUUUUUCAUUCUUUUUUAAUUAUUGUAUCAUAUUAACUGUAUGUGUGUGUAUGUACACAGCACACAACACAAGUCAAAAUUAAAUAGGAAAACAUUAGUGUACUACAAUAUAUGUAUACUCUGCAGAAUUCCCCAGAAAAUAAAUGAUGGUGGGAGGAAUACUGUUUACAUAGUAACAUGAUAAAACACAAAUAACUUAAAUUUGUUACAAACAAAAUAAAAAUUUUAUUAAUCAUGUGUGAAUAUAACGGUCACAAAAAUCAAAUUCCGGCGGUGGCAUCUGCACCAACCAUAUUGGCCUUCCAUGAUAUAACAAGAAGCAAUACAUGCCAACGUAACUUCGUCCAGAAGAUGAGACUGUAAAGGUCUGAAGAUGCCGAUAAUGGAUAUAGUAAUUUUAUUGGUCUAAAUGAUCACCAAGGAACUUAUACGGAAAUAUUUUUAAAAACUUGAUAAACAAGAUAAAACAAGACCAUACAUGUUUUCAAUACAACUUACGUACACACACAUGUGUGUGUAUUU